AUGUCUACAUUUGCAGACCAAAAGUUUGAUUCAAAACAUUACAAGGAUAAUAGACCAACAUACCCUGAAUCUUUAUAUAACGCCAUUCUUUCAUAUCAUAAGGGUGAAAGAGAAACUGCAGUUGAUGUUGGUUGUGGUACUGGUAUUGGAACUUUCCCUUUAUUGAAAUACUUCCAUCAUGUUAUUGGUACCGAUCCUUCAAGCAAGAUGUUAGAACCAGCUAAUGAAAUGAAAAAAGAAUUUGAACAAAAAAACACUGACAAAACUAUAAAAUUUUUGUGUUCUAAAGCUGAAAACUUGAGCUCUGUUCUCCCACCAGAUUCAGUUGAUUUAAUCACUUGUGCUGAAGCCAUUCAUUGGUUUGAUACGGACAAGUUCUUCAAGGAAGCUUAUAAAGUUUUGAAAACUAAUGGUACGUUGGCUAUUUGGGCUUAUAUCGAACCAAGAUUUCUUGAUUAUCCAAAGGCAAACGAAAUUUAUGAGAAAUUUGUUUUUGACGAUGAUAGAUAUAUGGGCCCAUGCUGGCAACAGCCUGGUAAAUCAUAUUUGAGGAAUUUUUGCAGGGAUAUUAAGUUACCAACUGAUCUUUUCUCAGACGUGAUUAAAAUUGACUAUGUUCCAAUGAAAAGUAACAAAAAAACUGCUUUCCAAAUUGCUAGUGAUGACUAUACCAUGGCUGAUUUUAGAAAAUAUUUGUAUAGUUGGAGUGCCUAUCACAAUUGGCAACAAAAAUAUGGAGGAGAGGGGAAAAAUAUUGCUGAUAUGUUUGUUGGUGAGUUGAAAGAAGAGUUUGGUUGGACUGAUGAUACUAAGUUAAGAGUUGAAUGGGGGACUUUUUAUAUCUUGGCUAGAAAGUAA